AUGAAAAUCCUCGUCGGCUUGAAGCGUGUUAUUGAUUACAGUGUUUCCGUGAGAGUGAACAAGACUCUCACUGGCGUUGUUACUCAACAAGUUAAACAUAGUAUGAACCCAUUCGAUGAUAUUGCUCUUGAAGAAGGUAUCCGAAUUAAAGAAAAAUUCAAUUCACCAAAAUUAAUUAGUGUUUCUAUUGGUACCGAUCAAUGCCAAGAAAUUUUGAGACAAGCUUUGGCUAAAGGAAGUGAUGAAGCCAUCCACGUUAAAACAGAUUUUGAUAGCGGAGAAGUUCAACAAUGGAUUUCACCUUUACAAGUUGCUCACAUUCUUCGUCGUAUUGUUGAAGAAAAUCAAAUUGAUUUAGUCUUGUUGGGUAAACAAUCUAUUGAUAGUGAUAAUGGACAAGUUGCCCAAUUACUUGCCAGCAUGCUUGGUACUCAACAAGCUACUUUCAUCAGCAAAUUAAAACCAACCAGUGAGGAAGGAAAGGAAUUUGAAAUUGAAAGAGAAAUUGAUGGUGGACUUGAAUCUCUUAUGCUCAAUGGUAAGCCAUCUGUUAUUAGUUGUGAUUUGAGAUUGAAUGAACCUCGUUUUGCCAAUUUGAAGGCCAUCAUUCAAGCCAAGAAGAAACCAUUGACUACUCUCAACUAUUCCGAUCUUGUCAAAGGAACUGAAUUCGAAGAAUCUCAAUUGGAAUAUGUUCAAAUUACUGAACCAAAGGCCAAGACUGGAUCAUGCGUUUUUGUUGAAAAUGCAGAACAAUUAGUGGAUAAAUUGAAGAAUGAAGCUAAAAUUUUGUAA